AUGCCUUAUGCUCUUGAUCGAAUGGGAUUUCAUGGGCGUAAGGAAUUCCAGUCGUAUGGGGGUGACGGUUGGGAAAUGCCUGAGGAUUUUCUUUGUUGCGCAGGGUCCCGCGCACCUGAACCAAUAGUGUUUUUGGUAAUCGCAAAACUUAGCCCAGGGAGCGAGUUGCACAGGGUUCUUCACUGUUUGAAAUCGAGAAAACACACUGUUCUCGUAGUUGAUAACACCACCGCAAAAGAAAGCCUAUUUGAUACUGUAGAAUCGGUAGUUGGUUGUACCCAAGUUUUGGGCGGAGGAAAGCCUGUAAGCAAAAUGCCACAGCAGGACGAGGAUGAAUAUUAUGAGGACCAAUUCUCAGAAUCCUCUGAGGAGGAUGGUAGCUCCCAAUUCGAUAUGUCCAAGAUGGACGAUUUCUCCGGUAAGACCUCUCUCCAUCUCCUCUUACGCGAAUUUCUGGAUCUAACUUCUAAUAUGUGUAUGCCUUGUCAAGAGAUCAAGUCAACCGUCUCGACAAGCGUCUUCUCCUGGAACCUGGAGGACAUCGCAACCCCUUGUACUGUCAUCUUCUGGAACAUGGAGGACUACCCAAUCCCUUGCGGUGCCGAUCUUAUUCAUAUUCGUCGUAGUAUCGAGGCUGCCCUUGUUCGAAAGGGCUUUCAUGGGCAUACGAUGAUGUGGGCGUAUGGUGACCCUGACCCACUGUACGAAGGCCCAUUGGAGGAUGCCAAAAUCACCCUCUUACGUUCAAGGGGUGACAACUCGGAACCGCCUCUGCAUUUUCUUCGUUGCGCAGCAGCGACGGCUCCUGUACCAACAACUUUUUAUUUAAUCGCAAAAAUAAGCCUAGAAUUGCACAGGGUUCUUGAGUGGUUGGAAUCAAGAAAACACAAUGUUCUCGUAGCUAAUCACGACGCAAUACAAGUUCCUUAUGAAGGGAAGCCUAUAAGCAAAAGUCCACCAAGUCCUGAUUCUGCUUUGGAAGAUGGUCGGAACAAAUCUGAUUCUGAUAAUGCUAGCUCCAAAUCCAAGAUGGAAGAUUUCUCCGAGCCCAUCACGCCCGUCAAAGGGGAUAAGACGGCCGUGUUCUGGGACGUCGUGGCUUGCCCAUUCCCUCUCUGUUCCGAUCCGGAUGAGAUCUAUGGCAGAAUCGUAUCAGCUCUUGGUGAAAGGGGUUGUGGAGGUGAGAUGACAAUCUGGGCUUAUGUAGAUGAGAAUGACGGGUCGUCUUGGAGUGGUGAGUAUCUGCGUCACAAGACGUGGGAUUCCAGAAUCUACUUUCUUCCCGGAGGGGAUAAAGCCUCGAGACUUCAGAGAAUGUUACAUGACACUCUUUUAUGGAAAUUGGACUCUCCUCGGGAAUAUCCUUAUCGAGCAGAUGUGGUCGUAGUCUCAGAUCAAGUCGGAGAUGACACGAUGUUCUUCCGUACGCUUCGAUAUAUGACUGUGAGAUGUUUCAAUGUUUUCUUAGUCACUCCGACUCAGCACGUCAACCAACCACAAAGCGUUGACUGGCCAGGAUUGCUACUAGAUCAUGCACCCUUUUUGGGUUCCCGAAGCGAAAGCCCAGAACCGGAGAACCAGGAUGCGGCCGAAGAAACACCCGAGGAGGGAAUGCCCAUGAUUUGA